AUGGAGAACUGGAGGUUACACUAUAAAGGGAAACUAGUUCUCUCUGCCCAGUCUGAGUGGAUGCCUAAACUGCUAGCAGAAUUUCCCAACACGGUUACAGGAGGGCCAACACCAACCAUAACAGCCUUUUAUUUUAAUACUUUGUGGCAUUCUAAAUCUUGUAGCAUUCCUCAGGUUGCGAUCAUCCCAAAUUGUAGCAUUCUAGCUGCAGUUGGCCAGAAGAUGGCAAGCACCCCUGGAGUUAGCGCCUCCCUUUUUAAUGCAUUGGCUAAGGCCAAUAUAAAUGUCCGUGCUAUAGCACAAGGUUGUUCUGAGUACAAUAUUACUGUUGUUGUGAAGCGAGAGGAUUGUAUAAAGGCUUUGCGAGCUGUCCAUUCAAGAUUUUAUCUCUCAAGAACCACCAUAUCAAUGGGCAUUAUUGGACCUGGACUAAUUGGAAGUACACUACUUGACCAGCUAAGGGAUCAGGCCUCAAUCCUAAAAGAAGAAUUCAACAUUGAUUUGCGUGUAAUGGGCAUACUUGGUUCAAAGUCAAUGCUUCUUAGUGAUGCGGGCAUUGACUUAACUAGAUGGAGAGAACUUCGAGAGGAAAGAGGAGAAGCGGCUGAUUUGGAAAAAUUUGUUCAACAUGUACAUGGAAAUAAUUUUAUACCCAACACGGCACUAGUCGACUGCACAGCUGAUUCUGUCAUUGCUGGCUAUUACUAUGAGUGGUUGCGCAAAGGAAUACAUGUAGUUACUCCUAACAAGAAAGCAAAUUCAGGGCCACUUGAGCAGUAUUUGAGGUUAAGAGCUCUUCAAAGGCAAUCCUACACACACUACUUCUAUGAAGCUACGGUUGGGGCUGGUCUUCCCAUUGUCAGCACUUUACGUGGCCUUCUUGAAACUGGAGACAGAAUAUUGCAAAUUGAAGGGAUAUUUAGUGGGACUUUGAGUUACAUAUUUAAUAACUUCAAGGAUGGCCGAGCUUUUAGUGAGGUAGUUGCUGAAGCAAAGGAAGCUGGUUAUACUGAGCCAGAUCCAAGGGAUGAUAUGUCUGGAACAGAUGUUGCUCGAAAGGUACAGUGUGCUUUUGCUAGUACCUAUACUGCUUCUAAUGAUGAUUACUUUGUAGCCUACUUAUUACUAUCUCUGGAAAAUUUUCAUACCAUUGUUCUCUGUAUCCAGUAUUUGAGGUUAAGAGCUCUUCAAAGGCAAUCCUACACACACUACUUCUAUGAAGCUACGGUUGGGGCUGGUCUUCCCAUUGUCAGCACUUUACGUGGCCUUCUUGAAACUGGAGACAGAAUAUUGCAAAUUGAAGGGAUAUUUAGUGGGACUUUGAGUUACAUAUUUAAUAACUUCAAGGAUGGCCGAGCUUUUAGUGAGGUAGUUGCUGAAGCAAAGGAAGCUGGUUAUACUGAGCCAGAUCCAAGGGAUGAUAUGUCUGGAACAGAUGUUGCUCGAAAGGUACAGUGUGGUAUAUGUUUACCAAAUUUUGUUGUCAUGUUAAUUAACUCUUUUAUGCUGUGUAUAAAGCACCCAUCCUGUAAUUUUUUUCACGAGACAUGUUGUUAGGUUACUUUGUGCAAA